AAAAUUGAGUACCCGGAGGUCUUUGAACAUGAAAAUAUCGAAAAUUUGGUCGUUGACCGCCACAGAGUGCACCUCUAUCCAAACUCCUGCACGUUCAAUUGACCGACACAACGAAUUGGAUACACCAAACAUCACUGAACGGGCACACCUGAGUUUUAGAACUGGUAGCAUCUUGUUGUAGUGAACGAACAUAUCCAGCAUGGAUGAUAUGGAAGAGACGACGUUAUGUUGUAGCAAUAAUGGCCUUUUUUGGAUUUUUCAACAUAUACGCGCUAAGAGUUAACCUCAGCGUAGGGAUAGUGGCGAUGACUACGAAAACGGAGGUGAAAUUAGAAAAUGAAACUGUCACACAUGUACGUAAAAACCGUCACACCCAGAUUCUGGCCACUACCGAAUAUAGAACUGUCACAAAUAUCAAAAAAUUUGAUUGGGAUUCAAGGGUGCAGGGAUACGUACAUAGUUCAUUUUUCUACAGUUAUAUUCUUACUCAAGUCCCCGGUGGGUGGUUAGCUGCAAGAUUUGGUGGAAAAUAUGUCUACGGUAUUGGUGUUGCGGUAACGGGGGCCUUGACGGUCAUUUCACCAUUCGCUGCUAAACACAGUUACUAUUCACUUAUAGCAGUACGUGUCAUGGGAGGCAUAUUUGAGGGAGUGACGUAUCCUAGUAUGCACGCGGUAUGGGCUGAAUGGGCCCCGCUGCUUGAAAGAAGUCGCCUCGUGGCCAUAGGAUUUUCAGGGUGUUACGUUGGGACACUGGUGGCGACCCCUCUGUCUGCAAUAUUGGCGGACAGAUUUGGAUGGGAAUCGAUGUUUUAUGUAUUUGGUUGUGUGGCGAUACUGUGGUUUGUAGCUUGGUGCAUUAUAGUGUCAGAUUCUCCCAGCAGAGAUCCUACCCUAAGCAAUUCAGAGUUGAAAUACAUUCAGGAAUCCUUAGGAGAACAGCAAGUCAGUCGAAUCGCAAAGCACCCUUGGAGAAGAAUUUUUACCUCUGUACCUGUGUGGUCCAUUAUUGUGGCUCACUUUAGUGAAAACUGGGGAAACUAUACUCUAUUAACUCAAUUGCCGAUGUAUAUGAGAGAUGCACGGCAUCUUCAAUUGACUUCGACGGGAAUAAUGUCCGCUAUACCCUACUUGACCGCGUCUAUAAUAACGCCGACUGCUGGUCACGUCGCUGAUUGGUUGCUAAAAAAACAAAUCUUUAAUGUCACCCAAGUUCGAAAAAUUUUUACCUGUGGAGCAUACGUUGGGCAAGCCGUGUUCAUGAUAAUGGCAGUCUAUAUUUUAACACCAACAGGAAGUAUUACAUGCGUGUCAAUUGCAUCUGCUCUAGGAGGCUUAAUGUGGGCAGGAUCCGGAGUUAACCAUUUGGAUAUCGCUCCUCAGCAUGCUAGCGUGCUAAUGGGAAUAAGCAAUACUUUUGCAAGUAUACCUGAAAUAGUUAGCCCAAUUUUAACUGGAUAUAUUGUCCCAACUGCUAGUGCGCAUGAAUGGCAAACAGUUUUUGCUAUAAGCAGCUGCGUAUAUCUUUUUGGUGCCACAUUUUAUGGUAUUUUUGGAAGCGGUGAAUUACAGCCCUGGGCGAUAAAUGUCGAGGCUAAUGCUAUGGAUCAGGAACAUGAUGAACGCAAACAUGAGCAAAACCUCGCGCAGACAUCUGGCUAAUGCCAGCACACGUGGUCAU